GGGCGGGGGGGUGGCCGGGGGCUGCGCUGGCGAAGUUUGCCGCCGGCUCCGCGGCGCUGCUGGGAAAGGGCCUGGGCUAUUCUGGGCUAUUCUGGGCGGCCGAGAUGCCGCGAUGCUGCGGGGGGGGUGGCCCUGGCUGCCGGCCCCCCCCCCCCAGGGCGCUGUGCUGCCGAGCCCCGGCUAUUGCACCCCAGGGCGGUCUCCCAACCGCCACCGCCUGCCCUGCCCCGGGGACAGGUUGGGACGAGAUGGGACAGGGACUGUGCCAACCGUCCCCCAGCCAGCCCGGAGGGUGAGCGGGUUGGGGACCUCUGCCAUGGGUUACAGCAGGGACAGGUGAGGACAGCCACCGUGCCUGGGAGGGACCAUCCCUGCUGGUGUGUCACCGCUUCUGUCCUGGGUGUCCCGGAGAUGUCCCUGCUUCAGGCCAGGCCAUCUCCCCCAGCAGCGGGUCCCUUUGAUGGUUGUGGGUCUGGGAAAGGACGCUGGGGCCCUGCCAGCUCUCCGUCCCCAUGACGUGGCCAUCGCCUUUCCCGUCCCAGCUGAUGGCCUUGAGCUGAUCUGCUGCCCAGAGAGCCCCAGCCUGGGGGACGGUUGGCGGUAGGACCAUGUCGGUCCCUGGCAGGAACGGCUGUGCCUGAUGGCGUCCCAUGGGACCACCUGCACAAGGGACAUCAGGCAUGAGAGGCGGAAGGGACACUGCAAAGUCCUUGUCCUUCCAGGACAAGGUGGGACAGGGUUGUCCCUGGAGAGGUCCAGCAAGCAAAGAGGAGAGACUGGACACGAGGGACAAAUGCAAAGCACCCUGCAGCAUCUUCUACACAGCUGCCCUGCAGCAGAGCACCACGUCCCAGGUGGUAGAGCCCAGGCCGAGGGGGCACACGGGGUGCAGGGGGGGUCGCUGCUGCCCAGUUUGGAGUCCCUUUGCAGGUGUGUGGUGCCCUGCUGCCCAGCAAACCUCCCUUCCCAGCCCCUGCCCUGCCCUGAUCCUGUCAGCCCUGUUCCCAACCCUGCCUGAGGAGGCCGGGGGAAGCAAUGGGCUGGGGUGCUGAUAAGGAGCAGACUUUUGUGCACCCCAUUAGCCUCUCGCCUUUCCCUUGGUAAGCUCGGAUGUGGCCAGGGCAGGAAGCGGUGCCCGGCAGAGGCAGGGCAGCCCGCGGUACAUCUGUGAUGCAACGCCAGCCCAUGGGCUCAUGCGGUGCCAAGAACCCCAUUAGCACCAUCCCCGCCGCUGCUGCCAGCGCCUCUCAGCCUCCAGCGGCCCAUUUCGGAGACAAAUCCUCUCUGCCAGGAUUUUACUCCAGCACCCUUUGCCUUUACUCACAGCCAAACCCUUGCUCCUGCGGGAUCUCCCUGGGAGAGGGUUUUGCCGGAGCCAGUAUCCCCAAACCUAACUGCACGGGGUCGGCGGGGACAGGCACCGGGCUCAAGGUCUCUCCUCUGCAGGACCUGCCGUCCCCACGCGCAUCCUCCUGCGGUGGCUGCAGCGAUGGGGGGGGGAGAUGGUGAGUGAGGACCCCCUGCCCUCACAUAAGCCCCUUCCCAGCAAGGUGGGAUUGGAGCCAGCACCGGCAGGGGACACGCACCAUGGAGCCAAGCCAGGAGCACGCCUGAAGCUGCUGGAAGGAGUGGGAUGGGCUGGGGGGAUAUGGAGACCCCCAACGGCAGUGCAGCCGGCCAGUCGGACACGUGUUUUGGGGUGUUCAACGCCAGCGACAGCCGCACCAACGCACAGACCAGCAUCACCUCGCCCUGGUUCUCCACCGCCUUCGGCCUCAUUGGCCUCUGCUCCAACCUCUUCGCCCUCUGCGUCCUGCUCAGCUCCUCCCGCAAGCUGUCCAGCCAGGCCCGCUCCUCCUUCCUUGUCUUCCUCUGCGGGCUGGUGGUCACAGACUUCAUGGGGCUGCUGGUGACGGCCUCGGUCAUCAUCCCCUACCACUUCAUCAAGUUCGCCUGGGCCGAGGUGGACCCCGGCUGCCACCUCUGCAACUUCCUCGGCUUCUCCAUGGUCUUCUUCGGGCAGUGCCCGCUGCUGCUGGGGGCCACCAUGGCCGGCGAGAGGUUUUUCGGCAUCAAUCACCCCUUCUCCCGCUCCACCAGCAUCUCCAAGCGCCGUGCCUGGUCCAUCGUGGGACUGGUGUGGGGCUUCUCGUGCCUGCUGGGGCUGCUGCCGGUGCUGGGGCUGGGGCGGUACACGUUGCAGUACCCCGGCUCCUGGUGCUUCCUCACCCUCCUGCCCGACACCGGCAACGUCAUCUUCUGCCUGCUCUUCGCCCUGCUGGGCAUCUUCUCCGUGCUGCUCUCCUUCAUCUUCAACACAGUCAGCGUGGUGACGCUCUGCCGCGUCUACCAUGACCGGGAGUCGGUGCAGCGGCGUCGGGACAGCGAGGUGGAGAUGAUGGUGCAGCUCGUGGGCAUCAUGAUCAUUGCCACCAUCUGCUGGAUGCCCCUCCUGAUCUUCAUCAUCCAGACAGUCCUGCAGCAGCUGCCAGCCAGCGGCCGGAUCCAGAUGCUGCCCACAGAGACGCAGAAGAUGCUGCUCAUCUACAUCCGUAUGGUCACCUGGAACCAGAUCCUGGACCCCUGGGUCUACAUCCUCUUCCGACGGGCCGUGCUGCAGCGCAUCUACCCCAGCCUACGCCCCCGGCCCUCCAUCAUCUCCCUCUAUCCCAUGCUCAACCCCUCCCUGCGCCGCAAGCUCACCACUGACUCUGUCCUGCAGUAGCAGCCCCCUGGGACGUGCACCAGGGGAGGGGGACAAGCCAUCCCCCCAUUCCACCCCCACCCCCCAGGUUAAUUAAUUGUCCCCAUCACCUGCAUCCAUGGACUCUCCCCACCUCCCCUGGGCCCGCUACCCUUAGCAGGGGGCACGGGGCUGCCCCCCCCCCCCCAUCUGAGUGAGCCCCCCCCCCCAAUAAAACAUAGCUUGUGCAGCUCUCCGUGCCUGCUGGGGCUGAACACCUCAGGGGCCCCAGCCCCAUUGCCAGC